AACCUAGCAUUUUGCAUUGCAAGAAAGUGAAAGAAAAAGACAGUGUCAAGCGUAUGGAGGUCAUGCCUUGCAUUUUUUGCAUUUUACAAAGUUAUUACAUCUUGUAAAAACAAAAAUUAACUAAAACUAAUGUUUUCUGUAACUGUAAUGAGCGUUUUACUACAGAUUAUUCGACAGAAACCAUAGGGAUGGCUGAUCAAUUCUGUUUACGUUGGAACAACUUCCAGUCAAACAUAGUGAGUGCCUUGGAUUCAUUGAAGUGUUCAGAAGAUUUGGUUGACGUUACGCUCACCUGUGAAGGCAGAAAUAUCAAGGCCCAUAAAGUCAUAUUGUCAGCGUGCAGCCCGUACUUCAGGAAUGUGUUCAAGGAAAACCCAUGUCAGCAUCCGGUUAUAAUACUGAAAGAUGUGUCAGCAGAUGAUAUUGUCAGUCUGCUGUCUUACAUGUACCAGGGAGAAGUGUUCAUUGAGGAGAGCAAGUUAUCUUCGUUCCUGCACACGGCAGCACUGCUGCAAGUGAAAGGGUUAACUGGUGUUACUCAGCAGAAAGAAAACUUUUCAUCACAGAACACGUCAAAUAAACUAUAUACCCAACUUACCAUAUCAUCGAAACCACUUUUUGGUGCUGCUCAUAAGGAAACAAAGCUGCCAGCGUUAAAGAAGAGACGGAGUAGUACUUCUGACAAACCUAAUGAUGUAAAUAUAGGGGAGGGCCCCAAAAAGAGUAAAGUUUUAGAAGCAUGUGAUAUUUACACUAGAAGUAAUCUUCCACAAACUAAUAAACUUGACAGCCCAGUGUUCUUACCAGAAAAUAAUAUUGACAAAAAAUGUGAAGGCAAAGUUGAACCAGCUACUAUAACAGCAAAUGGAAAAAGUUCAUCAACAUCUCAGGUGAAUGCUCAAGGAGACAACAUUCCGAUUACUAUAAAAACAGAAAGGACGGAUGACAACAGCUCGCCUACUUUAUCAAUAAAUGCCAACUCUGAAAAUGACGAUAGCCUUCCUGAUUAUGAAAACAGUAUGCUUGCCAGAUCCCUGCUUUCAGGAAUCAAUCCAUCAAAAAGUGAAGUUAGUGCCAAUAAUACAACUCUCAAGAAAGUGUCAAAUGUUAUGGUGGAUGUGCAUUGUUCAACACGGUCUAAAGAUAUAAACACGGAUACAGUAACUUUUACAAACGCACCGUCUAAAAGUCCUAUAAAGACCAUAUUAACAGAAGAACUUCAUUUUAAGCCAGAAAAACAGUCCCCAAAAUCUGAUGUGGAAUAUGAACCAGAAGUGUUAUUAUCAGAACAUCAAGAUGGCACAGACACUGAAAGUACUUACACACAAGAUCAAUCACAAGCUCUCCUGAUGUUGGCAGGGAUGUCUACAGUACCAGUGUUAGGUACAGGUGCCUCCACGUCACAAGGGCUUGCCCACCAACAGUCAAAUCAUGCAGCCAUCUGCGGUGACUGUCCUCACUGUGGCAUGAAGUACUCCAAUCAGUCUGCGUUAAAAUAUCAUGUCAGAUUAAUGCACUCGGACUUGACCAAUAGACUAUGUUGCUAUCUGUGCCCAAGGUCUUUCACAAUGCGUGAGACAUUCAAAGAGCAUAUGUGGACAAGUCAUGGUCAAAGGAAUUAAUUUUCAUUUAUUAUUCUGCAAAUAUGUGCCUUAGGUUGUUUGUCAUGAUACAUUAUGACAUUGGAUAGACAACAUAGAAAGCUGAUGUGCCUUGUUAAACGAAAAUCAAUGCCUUGCAGUAGUGUAGUUUAGGUCAAAGGAUGUAGUGUAAGAGACUGAAAGCUUUUGCUUGUAAUUGAGAAGGAAAUUUUUUAUUAGAAAUUUUUAUAGGGUCUAUUUUGUCUAUUAAAAUCCACCCAGUUCAGUAUUUUCAAAAUAAGUGAGUUCAAGUGUGAGACACGAAAUAACUACCUAUUUGAGUAUAUUGGGUGCAAAAGUUUAUGGCCUGUUUGAUAUUAAUGUGUGCAUUUUAAGGAACUGGUGUUGCUUCCCUAGCAUCAGCCAGUGUUAUUGAAAAGUCCGCUGACUCUAUUGAAAUCUGUAUUAUUGGCUGUAUGUAUUUAGUUUAGAUUUUUACUUUGUUACAUUAGGUUGUCUUAGUGGAGCCCAAUACUAGAAGUAAAAUAAAUGGCAGUUUUCUUAUAUCGGUGAACAGUGGCGACAAGAUCGCGAAUGAUGUAGUAUAGAAUUGAAUAAAUUAUUAGUUAGAGCUGAAAUAUUUUUUGACGCUGAUUUAUGAAUAUUAAAGAUUAAAGCAGAAUGUGAAUGUUUACAACUGAUAGAUUUGUCAGUGACCUUUUGUUUACAAAUAAUCUAUAAUUUUACUUACGUGUGUACUUGAAGCUCCGCGAAAAAUAUGAGAUCUUCCCCCUUAUGGAUUCAGUCCUUCAUAAUUUGAUUGCACAUGUGAGUAAUAUUUAUAUCAUAAGAAAGUUAUAAUAUUUAUGAAGAUCUUCAUUGUUACUAUAAGGGUCGAGUUGUUCUUCAAGAAUUAUUUUGGUCUAUAAGAUAGUCGCAUAACAGAGGGGAGAACUGUACAAUUGAUGCAGUAAAAAAAAUAGGUGCUUAAUAGUCGAUUCGAUCUUGAUAAGAAUUUCAUUCUAAGAAAAAUAUGCAGUGUGUUUUUCACAAUGCCAAACAAAAAUCAAUGGUGUAAAAAAAUAUUACAUUUCAAUAUUUUGAUUGAUAUUCCCUUAUACUUGUUAGUUAUCCUUUUAUUGUUGAGAACAUUUUAAUGUUUAAUUAAGUUAUUAUUUCCAAUAUAAAUUUAGCCACAUACUUUGUGGAUAUCUUAUUAAAUUACAAUAUCUUUUGGAAAAAUACCUAAUUGAUAUUGUAAUAACUAGAAAUUUCAUUUAUUUUUGGCGAAUUGUGCCAAAAUGAUUUUAUCGUAAGUUAUUGAAUUAGUAGAAAGUUUUUGGAAUUUAAAUAAGUUACCUUUAAUUCUCUUGUUUUAUUAUAAUUACUAUUUGAUAGUUUAAAAUGUUAGUGUUAGAUUAAUUUUGGAAGUAGCUAAGUAUGACAAGUCGUUACUUCUACUUAGUUACUUGUUAUCUCAAAUAUUUUUAUAGAAUGAAUAAUAAUUGUUGAUUUGAAUUACUCCUGCGAAUGCCAUUAGUGAAAAUUGUUAAUUAUUGUAUGGAACAUUACCUAAAGUUUUAGGUGUACCGAAUCUAGAUAGCUAUAGGUAUAUUUAUAGUUAAGUUAAAUUAUAUAUUAUAUUUGCGUUAGUAUAAUAUUGUUGGAUAUUUUAUUCAGAAUUUUACACGAUUUACAUGAUUUUAAAUUAUGUUACAUAUAAAUAAAAAAUAUGCUUCGUA